ACCGGCGCUCGCACCGCGGCCAGGCAUCGCCGCGGGCGCCCGAACUCGGGGUCCUGCGGCGCCGAGGGCCCUGCCUUGCGCAGGCGGGCUGGUUAAGUUCGGCCUGCGCAUGCUCCCGGCCUCUCUCUUCCGGCGCUGAUCAUGGCGGAGAAGGAAGCAAAGAAGGUGCCAUCUGUACCGGAAAGCCUGCUGAAGAAACGGCAGGCUUAUGCAGCUUUGAAAGCCAAACGUCAGAAGAAGAUUUUGGCUAUAAAAAAGUUCCGUAAGGCACAACGAAAACUGAUCUAUGCCAGAGCCCAGGCCUACCACAAGGAGUACAGACACAUGUAUCGGCAGGAGAUCCGCAUGGCCAGGAUGGCCCGAAAAGCUGGCAACUACUAUGUUCCAGCAGAACCAAAGCUGGCAUUUGUAAUCAGGAUAAGAGGCACCAAUGGUGUCAGCCCCAAAGUCCGCAAGGUGCUACAGCUGCUUCGCCUGCGUCAGAUUUUCAAUGGCACAUUUGUAAAACUCAACAAAGCUUCUAUCAACAUGCUGCGGAUUGUUGAACCCUAUAUUGCAUGGGGUUAUCCCAAUCUGAAGUCUGUGCAUGAACUGAUCUACAAGCGUGGUUAUGGCAAGAUCAACAAGCAGCGCAUUGCUCUUACUGAUAAUUCCCUGAUCCAGAAACGCCUUGGAAAACUUGGUAUCAUCUGCAUGGAAGAUGUGAUCCAUGAAAUUUACACUGUUGGCAAGAACUUCAAAGUUGUGAACAACUUCCUUUGGCCCUUCAAGUUAUCCUCUCCUCGGGGUGGAAUGAAGAAGAAAACUAUCCACUUCGUGGAAGGUGGGGAUGCUGGUAACAGAGAAGACCAGAUCAACAGACUCAUAAGGAGGAUGAACUAAUGAAUAAAUGCCUUUGUGGUAUGACAGCUGUGCUGGAAUUUAGGAAAACUUCGUUGUGUUGGAAUGCGUGGAAAGAAUAAUAAAGACCGAGUCUUCCCCAAGGAAAGGAUUUUGGUUGGUUUGUUUUGGGUUUGGGGGUGUUGUGUUGUUUGUUUGCUUGCUUGUUUUAGAGGGUGUGUGUUUUUUUCAAAAUAAGAUGUGCAGUUUACUUAGGAAUUCGUAACUUCCAGAGUGUUGGUUAAUAAAAAAACAGUGGGUAGUGAUGUGACUUUACAGCCUAAAACAGGUGCAGUUGCUGUUUGUGGGAGUUCUCAGAAAUACGAUUUUUUGAAAGGUUGUUUUAAGUCUUUAUAGCCAACAGGGCAGACAGAGCAAGUUAAGCUUAUGAAGGUCUGCUGUCUGUCCGAGGAGCUAAAGGAAACGUAUGAAAUAUCUUUCAUUUGCCUGGCAGCUUUUUUUUUUUCCUUGAAGCUUUUCUGUAGGUUGUUCUUUCUCAGUUUGUGCUCCCUCAGGCUUCUUGCAUGCUGCUUUGUUGGCUCUAUCUGUGAAGCAGCAGUUUUAAAGCACUUGGUUACAUGGCACAUGGAAACUUGUGCUUGGGAAAAUAGCUGUUUACCAGGGACAGUGUUCUUGUAAAGCUUUUUAGCUCAACUCUGGGAAGAAGUGGGCAACAUUGAGAAGCAGAAUUGCUGUAAUACUUGAUGCUUGAGGAAAUAUGUUACUUACACUAGCUUUCUUGUAGAAAUCUUGCUGCUGGUGGCAUAGACUCUUAAAAAAGUUCAAUAGCAGCAGAUGUUUCCCUUAAGUUAGCAUGAGACGUUGUAACCAAGAUUGAGCUAAGCUACUUUCACUUCAUUCUCUUGUCUGGUUUCUGAGCAUAAGAUGGAAACUGCUGUUUUUAAUUGAAAACCUGCAGCUUUUCUGUCUGUGGAUCCUUUCUCCUCACUCUUCACUGCCAAACAUCAGAAGUAUGCUCGUGGUCUUUAGGGGUUUCUUCCCUUCCUACAGGAAGGAAGCUUCUAAUUCACUACUGCAAUGUCUAAUUCAUUACUGCAGUGUGAGAGUAGUAAUGUUUUGGCAGAGAAACUACAGAUAUUCAGCUGAUUGCUUGUGUUUUUCAUUGGACUUCUAGCUCAACUUCCCAUGUAGGUAGUAGAUAUCAGGGCUUUAAUCUGUCUUUCCAUUUAGGAAGUGACCUUGCAGUUUCUUACUUCGUGCUUACAAGCAGUUGGCUGCUUGGACUGCAAACAAACAGACCUCUGGUAUAAAGCUAAGAAAACUGAUCUUGUCUCCUGCACUUUAUAUUCCCACUGUUUUCCUACUGUUCCAAAUAGAGUACGUGUCCGGAAUACAAAUAACCUACACAUAGAAAAUAGGAGAAUGUUGUAGUUUCUACUGAGGCAAUGGGCAGCUAAAGUAGUGGUAAUACUCUGUACUGUCAGUUCUAAAGGUAAGUAUUCCUCUUCCCUAUAUGUAGAUGGUUUCCUGCUGUUUGUCUUAAUUUUACAUUUAAGUGACAGUCUUAAAUUUAAAAAAUAAAAAGACAUCCAGUACCAAUUUGUUCAUAUAGAUUGUGAAAAACAGCGUAUUACUGGAUUGUCAAAAUUUGGUAUCAAGUAUUGGCAAAAUGCUGAAUUUCAUUCCUUCUCAAGCAAAUUUUAUGGGAGCUGGUCUUAAGUCUUUUUGACUUUCAUUUUUGUAUGUAGACAGUCCAUAAAAUGUGAUGAAAAUAGUUACCCUGCCACAAAAGUUAGAAUACUCACAGUGCUUUAGUAUGUCUUUAAAUAUUGAGUUCCCUCUGUUAAGCUUGUAGACAAAUAGGAAAAUAGUUACCAAUAGUUCAAAGCAGAAAUAUUUAUUCUGUAGUUCUGGCACUUGAAUUUUGAGUGAAGAGAUGUUAGUUAUUGUCUGCAAGGCUAUUGAAAUCUUAAAUUCAGUUAAACAAAAUUAGUGGUUUCAGCCCAAAUGAUGAACUGUAGAAAUGUGUUAAUUCUUUGUGUGGCCAAAAUAGCUUCAGAUUUACAUGUGUCUAAUAAUACUUUUUUUUUCCAUUUCAGAUUCAGAUGCCCAGAUGCAAACUUUGGUCUGUUAAUAAAACCAUCUUGCACAAAA